AUGGUGUUGGGGGGCCGCGAGCUGGCGCGUGAGGAACGACGGCAGCGACGCCUCCCCGCCUUCCUCGGGGCUCACUUCGGCGAAAUCCGACCAGCAUGGUGGAUUGGCACGGCGACGAGUGCGGCCUGGACAUCGGAGUGCUGGUGGCUGCCCAGCGCCGCCAGAUGGGGCAAGCGGCCGCUGGUCGUGGCCCCCCGCCUCCCUAAGGCGUUCGGUGGCGAGGCGGCCCACCGCCCCGCCUUGGGCCCCCCGCCGCUGGUCGACGCGGACGUGGCGCGGCUGGUGGCGGAGGUGCAGGCGGGCGGCGGCUACCAGCUGGGCGACGAGGUGGCGCCAGGGCCCUGA